AUGGAUAAUAAACGUAAGUCCGUGGCGAAUGGUGUAUCAGUAUUAGUAUAAUUUGUAAAUACAGAAACAUACGUCAAGUAUAUGUAGAGUAUUAAAAUAAAAUUGAUAAAUAAUUUAAACAGUGAACUGUAUAGAAUAAUUUCUUGUAAAAAAUGAUACAUAGCCUUUUUAUUAUCAAUUCAUCAGGAGAUGUUUUCAUGGAAAAGCAUUGGAAAAGUGCAGUGGCACGGUCAUUGUGUGACUAUUUCUUUGAUCAACAGCGAAGAGUUUUAUCUCCUGAAGAUACACCACCUGUAAUAGCUACUCCUCAUCAUUAUCUCAUUAGUAUAUAUCGUUGUAAUAUGUUUUUUGUUGCAGUAUGUAUGACAGAAGUUCCACCAUUAUUCGUUAUAGAAUUUUUACAUAGAGUAGUGGAUACUUUUGAGGACUAUUUCAGUGAAUGUACAGAAACUAUCAUAAAAGAAAACUAUGUGGUUGUUUAUGAACUACUGGAUGAAAUGUUGGAUAAUGGCUUCCCAUUAGCUACAGAAUCUAAUAUUUUGAAGGAACUUAUUAAACCACCAAAUAUAUUAAGAACUAUUGCAAACACUGUAACAGGAAAAUCUAACGUUAGUGCAACAUUGCCAAGUGGACAAUUGUCUAAUGUUCCUUGGAGACGUACUGGUGUUAAAUAUACAAAUAAUGAAGCAUAUUUUGAUGUUGUGGAAGAAGUUGACGCUAUUAUUGACAGAACUGGUGCAACUGUAUUUGCAGAAAUUCAAGGAUAUAUUGACUGUUGUAUAAAAUUGAGUGGUAUGCCAGAUUUAACACUUUCUUUUAUGAAUCCCAGAUUAUUUGAUGAUGUCAGUUUUCAUCCUUGUGUUAGAUUUAAAAGAUGGGAGUCAGAACGUAUACUUUCCUUUAUUCCGCCAGAUGGAAAUUUUCGUCUUCUCUCUUAUCACAUAGGAUCACAAAGUAUUGUGGCAAUUCCAAUAUAUGUAAGACAUAAUAUUAGUCUCAAGGAAUUAGGUGGUGGCAGAUUAGACAUAACUGUUGGGCCAAAGCAAACUAUUGGUAGAACUGUCGAAAAUGUCACAUUAGAAAUUCCUAUGCCAAAAAUAGUUUUAAAUUGUACAUUAACUCCAAAUCAAGGAAAGUACUCAUUUGAUCCUGUUAGCAAAAUACUAUUAUGGGAUAUUGGAAGAAUAGAUGUUUCUAAAUUACCAAAUCUGAGAGGCUCGAUUACUAUUCAGAACUCUGCCAGUGUAAUGGAAUCUAAUCCUGCAAUUAAUGUUCAUUUUACAAUCAAUCAAUUGGCAGUUUCUGGUUUAAAAGUUAAUCGAUUGGACAUGUAUGGAGAAAAAUAUAAACCAUUCAAAGGUGUUAAAUAUAUUACCAAAGCUGGAAAAUUCCAAAUUAGGAUGUAAAUAAAAAUAAUGUAAAAUGAUAUAAACUGUUUCUUAUAUUAAUCAUAAAACUAAUUUCAAGAG